AAAUGUUUCUUACCUUUUCCUUGCUCUGCUUGUCUCAACUUUCAGCUAAUCUUGGUGAUGAGAGUAUAGAGCUCAAUAUUGUACUAGAUGAGAGUAUGUCUGAAUUCCAUGAGAUUGAAAUCCUUGAUAUUUACAUCAACACUAUUCUCAAUGGCGUAGAAAAUAUUUACAGUGAUCCCAGCAUUGGAAGAAGACUGAAUAUUGAAAUAAAAAAUAUAAUUGCUGUCGAAAAUAACGAAGAGGAAAGGCUUUACGUGAAUUCGAAUGCAGAAAGUACAUUGCACAACUUUUGCUGGUGGGUGAGAGAAAGAUUGCCGACCGAAUCAGCAGAUGUUCAUAUUCUCAUCACUAGAACUCAAUUGUGCCACAGAUCUGGGAUUAACUCUAAUAGUGAGGUUUGUAAUACCCUGGGAUUGGCUCGACGUGGAACUGUCUGUACACAGUCUAGCUGUACAGUGGCACAGGACACCGGUCUUGUCCUGACACAUACAAUUGCACAUGAAAUAGGACAUGUCUUAGGACUAAAUCAUGAUAAGCAUAUUGGUGGAACCGUUAUGUCUCCAAUGCUACACGAUUCAACUACCUCACCAAGAUGGUCAGUUGAAUCUAGAAACAACCUGAGACGGCUUCUAUUAGGAAAGAAGACGACAUGUUUAAAAACGCAUUCUUCUUUAAACUCUUUUCAAAUCCCAAAUGUUGGACCAAUCAUCAGAUAUCGAGGAAAGAAUGAAACAAAUAGUCAGCAGUAUACAACAAAGCCAGGGCUAGCUUACUCCAUGGAAAAACAAUGUCAGCUAAUUUUUUCAAAAACAAAUAUAAGUGUAUGCGCUGAUCUGAGUACAUGUACUCGACUAUGGUGUGAGGUUGAAGGAGUAUGUUUACCUACUCCUGGUCCUCCUGCCCCUGGCUCUCUUUGUGCACCUCAUAGAUGGUGUAUCAAUGGUAACUGUGAGUUGAUGAAAGCUGAGCGAGUGGAAGAAGGAGGAUGGGGAGAAUGGUCUCCAUGGUCGGCUUGCUCAGAAUCUUGUGGAGUUGGUAUUGCUAAAUCCUCAAGAGCAUGUGAUUCUCCAACUCCGAGAUUUGGGGGAAAGUACUGCUCUGGUAACCAACAACGUUUUCAAGUUUGUGAGCUAGCCCCGUGCUCCACUUUCAGAAGUAUAAGAGAUGAAUACUGUAAACGAACUGUUCAAGAUCACACUGCCAUCAACUCAUCUGAUAUGAGAUUAUGCUCUGUAAUCUGUAAAAGAGUUAAAAAUGGUGAAGAUAUAUUUGAAGAACAUACAGAAGUUGAUGGAAUAGACUGUUUAAUAGAGGAUGAGAGAGGAAUAUGUAUUCAAGGAAGAUGUAUUAAGAUUGGAUGUGAGAAGAAAUUGUAUUCUAACUUGACUGAGGAUCUGUGUGGUAUAUGCGGAGGGAAUAAUUCAUCUUGUCAAAUAGUUCAAGGAAACUUACUUCAGAGCAACCUGUCAACAUUACAUUCAGAUUAUUACAAUCAAAGAUAUCAAAUGAUAGUUCGGAUACCCAUAAGUGGAACUCUGAAAGUACAACACUUCGGAAGCAAGGAAAAUUUGCUUGCUAUAAAGUCAGACUUUGGAAAAAAAUUGUUGAACUGGGAUAUGAUUGUGAAACAGCCAGGAGAAUAUAGUUUAGGAGAAACUAGGUUUACUUAUACCAGGACCCAGUUUAAACAUGGACAAUUAGAGACCAUAACUGCUAGGAACUGCAUUAUUUUGAUCUAAAGUAAACUCUUUGGAAAGAAGUUGUGUAAGAAGUGCAAACUAAUUUAUUUUCCAAU